AUGUCAUAUAGUGAAGAAGAUCCUUUGAGUGAACCAACGAACACUCAACAUUUGGAUUUGUCUAAGUUAUCGCCACAGGAGUUAAGAAUCUAUAAAAUGUAUGGGAAAUUACCCACUACCCAACAGAUCUUGUCAUCCAAAUUCCAAGAUAAGAAAUACUUUGACAGUGGAGACUAUGCUAUGCAAAAACAAAUGGGUGGUGGUUUAAAGAGUGGUAUACCUGGUGGAAUGUCUAUGAAACAUCCGAAUGCCGAAAGAAUGAAGGAAAUGUCAGUUCGAAAUUCAAUCAGUGCAACAAACGCCCAAGUUCUUUUGAAUGGAAAGUCGGGAUUGUUAAAUGAAAGAACUGCCCCAAAAGAUGAGAAUGGGGAUGACCAGACUAAAUAA